AAUUCUGAUGCCGAGCAAGUCACCCUUCAGCACAAACACAAGCAGCAGAUAGAGAAAUAACAGGGAAAGAAUCUGGUUGUACAAGACGAAAAUCUAUCUCCACCGUGACGACGCGCACUCAUCAUGCCGGCCACCACGCAAGAGACAACGCCAAUCGACCUAGACUCAGAAAACAAACCCGAGCAGUCAGCCGAUCGCCUUAGGAUCCGAGUACUAGCCGGCGCAUCCGAUACAGCUGCGUCUUUCCAGUUUGACGACGAGGAUCACACGCUAGGCAAUGCGCUGAGAUACAUCAUCCACAAGAAUCCUGAUGUCGAGUUCUGCGGUUACUCUAUACCCCAUCCAUCUGAAGCGAAGAUGAACUUGCGCAUCCAAACUUAUGAUGGUGCUAGUGUUUACACUGUCCUGGAGAAGGGUCUCGAGGAUCUGAUGGCCAUGUGCGAUAUUGUUGAGCAAAAGUACACCAUUGCACGAGAUGAGUUUGCGAGCAAGAUGCAGGAAUAGAAGCAUGACGGAAAUGUCAAAACAAAAUUGAUUGCAUUGCAGGCGUUGACGGGAAGCACGGACUCCAUGGCGAAGGGAAAGGAAAUGGUAUUGUCUUCAGUUAUAUACACCGAAUCUUGUGGCUGCUUUACUACUGGACACGGUAAUAGUAACCCAAUCAAUUGCGACCCU